UAUAAUUUCUGUCUGCUUGAAACCUUAAACAUAUCUGAGAUGCACAGACUCUGAUCCGAGUGCAGCAGUGCGUCAUCGCACUCCUUCAGAUCCACACACAGAUGUUUUUAGAACUUUUAACAACUCAUGGAGUGCACAAGAAUCCGGGCGAAGCCUUUCUGUUAUUGUGAAGAGCUUCUGUCAAAAGAACAAUCUUGAUGGCUGUAAAAGUGUCACUUGCAGAUGUUCUGUGGAACUAAAGCGAUGUCCCAACUCAGUCCUAAGUAAAAACUACGUGAGGAAGGAUCGGCUGGUAUUCAUUUACAAAUAUGGGUUCAUUUUCCAGGAGGUCAGAUAGACUUGGUUUGGACCAGAAGCUGUGUUACAGAACUGUCUACCUACUGAUAAUGCUGCUGCCUAUAAACCAGGUCACGGGGUCCAUGCUGAAUGAUAUGCAGAAAAAGUGGGCACAGUACAAACAAGAAUGCGUGGCACGACUUGAAAAAGAGCGAAACUCGACAACUGGUGUUUAUUGCAACGGAACAUUCGAUCAGUUUGUUUGCUGGCCAUUUUCUGCACCAGGGAUUAUCUCUGUCCCUUGUCCGUGGUAUUUACCGUGGAUCGGAAAUACGACAGUAAACACAGGAUAUGUGUACAGACACUGUUCUGACGAGGGAGUGUGGCUAAGAAACGAAAAUUCAACUACGAUUUGGAGGGAUAACACAGAAUGUUCCACCAAUCUCAGCAAAGACAGCCAAAAAGAGAAAGCUUUGCAGACCUUGAUUCGAGUGUCUUACACCAUUGGCAACUCAAUAUCCCUUGUGUCACUCAUUAUUGCCUUCUUUAUCCUUCUGAUAUUCAGAAAACUCCACUGUACGAGAAACUAUAUCCACAUCAACCUGUUUGCCACGUAUACAAUGAAAGCUUUGUCCAUUCUUAUGAAAGAUAUGACGCACUACAACACAUACGCCAAAAAGCCAAGCGACGAACAAGAAUGGAUGACUUACUUAAAAGGAGAAGAUGUUACAGCAUGCACAGUGUUCCAGGUUCUCAUGCACUUUUUCAUUGGGACAAAUCACUUUUGGCUCCUAGUGGAAGGAAUCUACCUGCACACAAUCCUGGUGACCGUGGUCCUAUCAGAGAGGGGAAUGCUGCUCAGAUACUUUAUAAUUGGCUGGCUGUUCCCACUACUCUUCAUGGUGCCAUGGGUGCUAGCCAAAAUCUACUUUGAGAAUAACGUAUGUUGGAAUGGGAUUGAAAAUGCAGGAAUCUGGUGGAUCAUUAAAGGACCUAUGAUCCUGUGCAUUAUAAUUAACUUCAUCAUAUUCCUCAAGAUUCUGAAAAUUCUGCAUUCUAAGCUAAAAGCCCAACAGGUGAAGUCAAAGGAUUACAGAUUGAGGCUUGCAAGAGCAACCUUGAUAUUGAUCCCUUUGUUGGGAGCUCAUAAAUUGCUCUUUAUAAUCGUAAACGACGAGCAGUUUGAAGGACGUACCAAGCAAGUGCUGCAGUUUCUCGAGCUCACCACGGGCUCCCUUGAGGGCUUCCUUGUUGUAAUGUUAUAUUGCUUUAAAAAUGCCGAGGUAAAAACAGAGCUCCGAAAACAAUGGAAUCUCUUUGUUCUACAUUACAUUCCGUGUCAAAGUUGUUUUUUUGGCAACAAAGGGAAGUAUCCAACAAGGUCUUCCAAACCGCCAAAGCAAAAAUACUUAGCAAAGAAUGGAUUCUAUCAGGAUGCAAGGCAUUGUAGCAAUGUCCAGCUUCUUCACGUUACUCUCAACGUGUCCAAAGACUUGGAUCCCCAGACAGCCAUGUCACUGGAAUAUUUUGCAAGAGGAAGUGUAUCGGAAAGUAGUGAUGGAGGCUUAACGUUGGGCGAAACUAUUGAGGAGACCUUCGAAGAAUGUGAAACUUAAUGAAGGGUUUUUUUUGUUUUUUUUUUAGAGACUUUUAG